GCGAGAGUUGUGAACCGAUUAAGUAGGAGGAAGAGAAGCGUGUUGUUUGUUUAGAUUUUCGCCGUCAAGAUGGGGAACGUUUCGGCCUUUGUCUGUUUCCUAGGACUGUUUGUCCUGCUUUCACACACGUCCGCAUCUUCAGAUGUGUUCAACAGUGUUCUGGGAAACACCGCAUCCUGUCACAAGUCGUGUGAAUUGACAUACAGUUUGCACACGUAUCCAUCUGUGAGUAUUCAUCAAUAAUGUCUGAUAGACGCCAAUACGGCCUUUGUACUUCACUUUUACUGCGUGUUUUAUACGCAGUAUAACGAGUGGGUGUGCUUGACUUGUGUAAAAGUGUGUAAAAGUUGGAAGUGCGUCGUUUUUCAGGUUGUAGUUGUUUGUCAGAGCAUUCAACUGGUUUGUUUUGAAGGAGGACGAACUCUACGCCUGUCAGAGAGGCUGCCGUCUGUUCUCCAUUUGUCAGUUUGUCAGAGACAGUGAAGAUCUGAAUCAGACCAAAUCCGAGUGUGAAUCAAGUAAGUCAAACACAGAGCCUUUUGACAUAUUUGUAAUCCGCUGCCAACUCAUUCUGCACAUUCAAAAGGCUCCUAAGAAAACGCGCAUGCGCAUAAAUGGAUCCGUGCAUUCACACACCUAAUUCCAGAACAGGUUAAUUUGUUGUUUCCCUGUUUCACCACCUCUAAUCAACUCUCUGCAGCCUGCCGUGAGGCCUACACCCAGACUGAUGAGCAGUAUGCAUGCAACCUGGGCUGCCAGAAUCAGCUCCCAUUUGCUGAGAAGCGAAAUGAGCAGGUACAUCUAUGUUACACAUGUCUCUGAUCUGCAGGGGGAAACAAUAAAAGAACUGUGAGCUGAGUUUUGCUUGUUUAUUCUUUAGCUGGAGGCCAUGGUGCCGAGAAUCCACCUGCUGUACCCCAUGGCUCUGGUCAGAGGACUCUGGGGCGACAUAAUGAGUCAAGCCCACAGCUUUAUCACCUCCACAUGGACGUUUUACCUCCAGGCUGAUGACGGCAAAGUCGUCAUUUUCCAGGUGUGUUGCUCAGUCGGAGAAAAAAAAAGCACUUUCUCCUUAUACUUAAGUUUGAGUGUGAAACAAGUGUAUCCCAGUGUGCUAACAAUCCAUUUCUGUCUUUUGAUCAACAGUCCGAGCCACAAGUCGGGUUUUUCUCCCCUUUUGAUGAGGAAAAAGAUGUCAAAGAGGAUUCACAGAGGGGGUGUAAGUCCAUAACAAAUAUUCCCUGGAUCAAUUUAUCUGAUCUUGUUUGCAAAUUCUAAUUUUUCAAAAGAUUUUCACACAUUACCCCAAAAAACAAAACAAAACGACCUCGUUUGAGUGUCUCUACGUCUACUGAUGUGUCAAAAACACAGAGGUGAGUGACGUACUCCUUCACUACCACAAAAAUAGGAUUUGAGAUUGCAGUCAAAACAGUCUUGCACAUCACAAAUGUUUGGAUAAACGGCUAAAAUAAUCUGUUUGAUUUAUGUGAGCUUAAAGGGAUACUCUGGUGUAAAAUUAAUUUAGGGUUAAACACACCGUAACACUGAGUUAGUGUAUCUUCACACAGCAGGUCAAUUCAGAUUUUUUUUAACCAUAUGUGACACAUAUCAGAUUUUUACAUGAGUGUGAACCAGUGUUGUUUUCAUCGACGAUGAUGUUGACGAAAGCAGCACUGCAGAAUAUAUGUUUAGCGUUUGACUGACAAAAUGCACAUGAAUUUUGCAACUCUGUUCACCGUCCACCACUAACGUCUAGUUUCGUCAACUUAAACGCACAUUCGUCUGGUCACAUUUCAGUCGUCUAAGACUUGUUUUUAGCUCGUCAACAUCACGUCUUCGUUGUGGAAAAAAGGGGUGUUGAUGAAAUAUUUUUGUUCAAAGAACCCUUCAAAGAUUGGAAGUAUGUAUUUUGACCAGUUUUACCGGAUGACAUCUCCAUAAGGAGCAAAUAGCCUCGGGUGUUGAAGUUACAGUAAAAUGAGGAGGUGCAUCUGUCACAUGAGGUGUCAGUCAUCUGGUGGAGUGUAUAGAAAGAAGACGUAAAUAUUGUUAUAGUCCUUAGCUGACUGAAGUGUGGAAUUAAGUUGUCAGACCUUAAAUGAUCGAAAGCUUUUGGCUGUCUGGUAAAGAGUUUUUUUGCGGUAUGCUAGGUGUCAAAGUAUCAGGAAGAAUACUUCAUUCAAAAGUAGCGAGACACUCUUAUAAGUAGCUGGUUUUGUCUUUUUUAAAAGACUCUCAAAACAAUAAGACAAGCACAUGAGACUCUAUAUUCCUAAAAAUGCCAAUUCAGAGACUUAUUCUCAACACAAUCCAAAAGCCUUGCCGAACAACAUUGAUCAUAAGCAAAUGAGAUGUGUUAUUGAGUAACCUUUCUUCUCAUUCCAAAGUCCCCGGCUUCAACAGCCCGGUUUACAAAGAAUACCAGCGCUCCUUCAUCCAGGAGAGGGACAGGGAUUUCACAGCGGACAGCAGCUACGACGAUGAAUACAACCUCUUCAGCUGCUUCUCAAGGUUCGCCGGCAAACGUUUCUCUAUACUGUCAGCAAAUAAGAUAUCUUUACUUUGCACGAGGAGCGUGACAUUAACAACAACAACAACAACUAGGAUGUAAUCCCAAAGCAGCCACCUCAGCUAAAUAUUUGAACUGCUCUCUCUGCAGGAACUCAUGGCUACCAGGGUGGAUCCUGACCACAACCUUGAUCCUAUCUGUGCUGGUCCUGAUCUGGAUCUGUUGUGCCACUGUUGCAACCGCUGUGGACCAGUAUGUACCUGCUGAGGUAAGUGGUGGUUUUGUCGACAUUCCUGACACUCUCAGAUAAAGGAUGGCGGCGUAUGUGUAAUUCAGAGAGCUGCUGUGUGGGUUUUUGCUGUAUUUGUGGUUUGAAUCUUGCUUUUGAUUGUAUUUGCUUGCACCAGAAAAAGUUAGAAGAAGAGUUAGGGGACUUCACAGCUGGUCAGCUUAGCUUAGCAGAGAGGCAGGAAACAGCAGGAAAGAGCAAGACUGACUGAUGACCAAGUGAAGACCAAAGUGCCAGACUAGCUUUUCCAGUUUUUGUGCCAAGCUAGAUGAAGUUCAUCUUUAACCACAGACAUGUAGUUUCGACUCUGUCAUCUAUUGUUUGGAAAAAGAAUGCAGAGGGUGUUAAUACAUUCCUACAAUACCAUCACUGUAAAGUUAGACUUUGUUUAAGACUUUUUGAUGGUUGACAGCGUGAAUAAUCAGUGCAUCGUAAAUGUUCACCAGGCUACAUCAUGUCUGCAUCUGCCCUCAAAAGGCUGAAAAAAUAAUAGUUUCAUAAUACUUUUGACAUGUAUAUCAGUCAUGCUUAGGAAUCAACAGCAUGAUCCAGUGUAUUUGUCUUUUUAUUAAUUUAUUAAAAAUCCAUCUCAAACACAAUACAAGCUUCUUUUUUUUUAAUGCUCAUGAAAAGAGAGAAUUUUACAUGAUUUUCUUUGUUUUUUAUUAUUCCAAUCCUCAAAUAUUUACCUUGUUUUCUAUCUUGAUAAAUUCAUAAUAACAAUUCAAAAUAAGUCCCAUAUUUUACUGAGCCAAAAAUGGUCUCCUCUAAAUUUGUUAAAUAAAAUGUUCUCUCAAGAUUAGCCAAUCUGUUUCUCAUUUUUAAGUACUCCUAUGAUAUUUUGUCAAAUGCAGAAAAAACAAGAAUCAAACAGUAGCAAUAUGUAUCAGCCAUUUACCACCCCUUCUUUUUCAUUAUUGGUGUCUGUAUCGACGUUUGAAAAAGUGAUGUCAGUCGACCACUGCUAAAAAUGCGUGUGAUUUUUGCAUGUGAAUAUAAUAUAAGUUAGUGUGUAAUCACCUAAAUAUAUUAACUGCAUUAAACUCACCAUCACUUCUGAACUUCACCUAUGAGAGGGGUGAGCAAAGGAGCAUUUAAAUCUAGAAUCUGACAGCAAAAUACAUACAUGCACUUUUUAAGCAAAUGGUUAAUGAUUAAAGAAAAAAUCAAGUUGUGAUGUAAACUUUCGAGUGAGUUUUAUCUUAAAUCAAAACUUGAUUUAAUUGGCGAUCUUCUCUCCUUCUUUUAGAAACUGAGCAUUUAUGGAGACGAUGAAUGCAUAAAGGAAAAGAAACUGAUUCCAUACCCAGCGUCCUCCCUGCUGAUCAUCACCUCUAAAGGGCCCGAGGAAGAGGCCGGCCCACUACCUUCCAAAGUCAACUUGGGCCAGUCCAACAUCUAGGAGCCUCAGGUGUAGCAGAAAAGGGAAUUUGUCCUCCUUUAUGGAUAGUCUUAGAUGAUUUCUAUCCCCCAAGCACCAGAUCUGUGCUUCUUGCGGUCUUUACAGGGGUAACUUCUUUCAGCACAUUUUUGAUAUGAUGUAUUGUCUCCCUUCUUAAGCUUUUAAACUGGAGUGAUUUAAGUUUUUUCUGUAUAUUGGUGCGAUUGAGGAAUCAAAGGGAUGUGGUAAAGUAGAAUAUAUGACUUUUUCUCAAAUCUGAUGAGUGCUUUCGUUGUCAGGUGGUGUGUUUAUGUUGUCAGAUGAUGUCAAAUCGAGUUGUUUAGGACUUGAAAAUGGUACAGGCUUCAACCCAAAUCCUGAGCGUCUGUUGAUAAAACUCUGUGCAAACAUUUUCAGAUUCUCCUCCUUUAUUCUUACAAUUAAUUGCUGGGAUUGGCAAUGUUGAGAUAUUGAAUUUUACAAUAAAAUUUUAUGCUUUUAAUCUUAAUUAAUAGUGACGGUACAUACAGUAGGUCUUUCUGCUUCACUGAUGUCUGUUUGCCUAAAGAUGAAUCAUUAAAUACAUAAAAAUCCAGUUU